AGCGCCGACGCCGCCGCGCGGGGAGCGGGGCUGAGGUCGCGCCGAGGGCUGCGGGCGGCCGCUCCGGGGCGAUGCGCGUGCCACUGCAGGUGUAUAAGCAGCACUGCUUCUGCAACAAAAGCCUAGACCCAACCACAUCUUGGGAAGAGAAUGGCCACAUCCUGGGGUGCAGUCUUUUUCAUGCUGCUGGUGUCCUGUGUUUGCAGCUCUGUCUUCCACAGAGACCAGCACACUUGGUUUGAGGGAGUCUUCCUGUCUUCCAUGUGCCCCAUCAAUGUCAGUGCCAGCACCUUAUAUGGAAUUAUGUUUGAUGCAGGGAGCACUGGAACUCGAAUUCAUGUUUACACCUUUGUGCAGAAAAUACCAGGACAUCUUCCAAUUCUGGAAGGGGAAAUUUUUGAUUCUGUGAAGCCAGGACUUUCUGCUUUCAUAGAUCAACCCAAGCAGGGUGCUGAAACUGUUCAAAGACUCUUAGAGGUGGCCAAAGACUCAAUCCCUCGAAGUCACUGGAAAAGGACCCCACUGGUCCUGAAGGCAACGGCAGGACUGCGCUUACUACCAGAACAGAAAGCCCAGGCUCUACUCUUCGAGGUAGAGGAGGUCUUCAAGAAGUCACCUUUCCUGGUACCAGAUGACAGUGUUAGCAUCAUGGAUGGAUCCUAUGAAGGCAUACUAGCUUGGGUUACUGUGAAUUUUCUGACAGGUCAGCUGCAUGGCCACAGCCAGGAUACUGUGGGGACCCUGGACCUGGGGGGGGCCUCCACCCAAAUCACUUUCCUGCCCCAGUUUGAGAAAACCCUGGAACAAACCCCAAAGGGCUACCUCACUUCCUUUGAGAUGUUUAACAGCACUUAUAAGCUCUAUACACAUAGUUACUUGGGGUUUGGAUUGAAAGCUGCAAGACUAGCAACCCUAGGAGCCCUGGAGAUGGAAGGGAUUGAUGGACACACUUUCCGAAGUGCCUGUCUACCGAGAUGGUUGGAAGCAGAGUGGAUCUUUGGGGGCAUGAAAUACCAGUAUGGUGGCAACCAAGAAGCAGGGGAGAUGGGCUUUGAGCCCUGCUAUGCUGAAGUGCUGAGGGUGGUACAAGGAAAACUUCACCAGCCAGAGGAGAUCCAGAGAAGCUCCUUCUAUGCUUUCUCUUACUAUUAUGAUCGAGCUGCUGACACAGACAUGAUUGAUUAUGAAAAGGGAGGUGUUUUAAAAGUUGAAGAUUUUGAAAGAAAAGCCAGGGAAGUGUGUGAUAACUUGGAACACUUCACCUCAGGCAGUCCUUUCCUGUGCAUGGAUCUCAGCUACAUCACGGCCUUGUUAAAGGAUGGCUUUGGCUUUGCAGACAGCACCAUUUUACAGCUCACAAAGAAAGUAAACAACAUAGAGACGGGCUGGGCCUUGGGGGCCACCUUUCACCUGUUGCAGUCUCUGGGCAUCUCCCACUGAUACCAAGCACUUCCUCUGAGGCUUGUGGUUGCCAACAACCUUUUUAAAGGGAAAAGGAGUGAGCACUCAGUCAUUUUCUGAGUUAGUCUGGGGUCAGCCUGGACUGAAGCACAGCAGCUGGUUUUCUCAGGAGGAAGGGGCUUUUGUAGACAGAUCUUGCCCUUGAGCCUAGAGAUUUGGGUUUAAUUUACACAUCUAAUGUGAACUGUUACCUAACCACUCAGAGUGCACAGCUGGCACCAGAGUCUAAAUCUUUGAGAUUCUUUGUGUGUCACAGAGAGCCAUGUGAGCCAAAAAUAAUAGCUUUGGAGCUCAACCUUAGAGUGAGAGCCCAGGGACAGGUCACUGGGAACCAAAGAAAAAUCUCGUUUUAACCCUUCGAGUGCCUCGUUCUUUUUAUCAUUUUAAUUUUCUUACAUGCUAAAUUAGUGCAAGCCCAUGACCUAUCAGUACCAGUUUUUUCUCCUCCCUAUACACUGCCCUGCCCCACCCAUAUCUGCAUUCAUCUCCCCUGAAAAAGAAAAAAAUACCUGGUUUUGCUUUCCAUGUGUGAUUUUUUUAAAAAAUGGUAACAUAUCACAAUUUGUGUGAUCCUGGUCUGUGCCGGCUCCAAUCAGUCAGCUGAGAGCUAUCAUAAAUCUUAACAGGAUGGAGAAUAACUCCUAACUGUACAUAGAUCACAGCCUUAGAAAGGAGGCCAUGGGCCGGCCCGUGGCUCACUUGGGAGAGCGUGGUGCUGACAACACCAAGUCAAGGGUUAAGAUCCCCUUACAGGUCAUCUUUUAAAAAAAAAAAAGGAAAGGAGGCCAUCCAUUCUCUAGGGACAUGUUUUGGGAGGAUGUGUCUGCCCCAUACGGCCUGCUAUCUUAAAUCAACUUUUUAUCAGUCAACUCUGGGAUUAAUGAACAUACCCAGCCUCAUAGGUAUGUGUGUAUUCAGUGCCAGUACCACCUCCCAGGUUAAUGUGUUUAUAGUGUUCAUGAUUCUGAAUUUGUUUUCUUUGUGUUUCUAAGGAAUACUACUAUACCCCAGCUUUUGAUCUAUAAUGAGAAGUCAGUGUCUGUGCUUCUCAAGAAUCUAUAGAUUUUGGUCAUAGCCUCUUUCAGUUUGCCCUUUUAUUCCCUCCUUUUAUAGAAGUACCUCUAUGCCCUGGCCCCUGAUAAUUUUAUUUAUUUAUUUUUUGGCUGGCCAGUACAGGAACCCCAGACAUUGAUGUUAUCAACACUGCACUCUAACCAACUGAGCUAACUGGCCAACCCUCCUGAUCAUUUUAGCUAACAUCCUCUGAAUUAUUGUCCGGUUGCAGGGUUUCUAAUACUCUUCCUGACAAUACCCAGCAUUUGAUUUGGUUGCCUGUUUUGGUCCACAUCAUCGGUACAGUGGACCAGCAUUCCAGAGAACCAUUUUUAAUGACUCUCAGAUUCUCUUUUUGAGUCUGCUCAGAGCUCUUGAUUUUGUGAAUUAUUCACCCUCCCCCACCAAUUCAUUAUCUUAUACUUUCCCACAUGACCAUCAUCUGCUUCCUGUCUACCCACUCUAGUGAUCUUGGACUGGAAAGAUCUUCCUGUCAUUUGGCUCCUUUGCCUUGCCUCUCUACCUCCAGAUUCUUUGCAGGAGUGUUUGUGUCUUCCCAAACUUGUAGUUUUCACAGUAGACUCCCUUUCCUUCUGCUUUUUCACAAAGGAUGUUAAAUAUGCCUGGCCCUCACAUCAGUCCCUGGGGAACCUUAUUUUUUAAGUUACUCCAAUGAGUCAAUAAAUAUCUCACAUCUCCUAUGUGCAAGGAAGUAAGCAAAUUUCUAUAUUCUUAUCCCCCAAAUUUUAGUUGUUUUUUUAAUUCAAUAUGGAAUUUCUUCAGACUUUUCACACUGACAUUUAUUACCAAGGUCACCUUUAUGCCUAUUGCCUUUCUCAAAAAAUGCUAAUACAUAAAGAAAUAACAGAAUCUUUAGAGCUGGAAACAGCCCCAAAAUAUAAUCCAGUCUUCUACCCAAUGCAGAAUUCCCUCAACAUUCCUAACAGGUUAUCAUUCAGCUUCUGUUUAGGCGUUUUCAGAAGGCUCAUUUCACUUGGGACUGCAGUAAUGUUAAAAAAAUUCCUCCUUACAUUGAACUGAAAUCUGCCUGUCUUCUCUGUAGUCUUAGUUCUGUUCUAAUUGCUUCUUCCAAAGCCUUUCAAUCUUUUGAAGAAAGCUCCUUCCAAGUUCUUUAUGGUCUCUUCUUUAAUAUGUGAUGUGACUCCUAUAUCCCUUACCAUCUUUGUCAAAAAAGUGGGGUGCUAGAUCAUAUAACACUAAAUGUUGUUCCAUAUGAUUAGGGCAAGACCCUUUCCUCCAGUAGAAACCAAGUUGUUUCCCCAAGAGGUAAGCUGAGUUCACUAAAGAUUCCUCCAGCUUGACAGUUCCAUAAAGGUAAGAUUCCCUGGUCUUCAUCACCACAGGCUAUUUCUGAAGCUUCUUAUAAGUGAGGGCCAUAUUUGUAAAGUACACAUACUGUUCAGAAGAUUCCUUUGAUCAUCCCAAAUACCUUCAAAACUUUGGGGUAGAUGCAUUCUAACUUCAGAAAUUUAUCUACGUAUAUUUUGUUAAUCUUGAUGAGAACAUCUGGAGAAUUAACCAAUUUGUUCCAUUUUAAGCAACUUGGAAUGAGAAUUUUUCUUAGAAAAAAAUGAUUUGUCUAUAAUGUACUUUCUGCCCCCUAGUGUACCCUUUUAUUAAAAGUACCUUCUUAAAAGGGUCCUACAGAUUCUAAUAUUGCUAAUUAGUUUCCUCUCUGUGUAUGUGGUGUUAUAUUUAAAAUACUUAGCACGUGGCCUGGCACAUGGUGGAUGUUUUAUGUUUACUAUCAUGCUUAUUAUGUGAAGAACAUCCUCUGUGGGUCAUGCAGGUCCUUGCAAGAUGUGCCUUAAAAUUCUUCCUAUCUUGCCAGAUUUUGUUUGCAUACUCAUGGAGAGUCCAUGUUCUCCUUUCCUGGGCUACCUUGAAAGAUAACCUUUCCUUACAGUCUCUGCCAGUAGUCACACAGCUUUUCAUAACAGCUGCCACCUUUUAUCCUGAGCACAUUUUUCCUGAGAUUCCAGGAAGGUCUUAUGAAAUUGUUACUUUUUCACUCUAGUAUCUUAUAAAUUUCCCACAUUUGCCUGAAAAGCUCCCCUGUAGUAACAGAUACUCAUGCCUUCAAAAAUUAUUCCCAAGAAUAGCUUAACUUGGUUCAAAAGCAGACUGUUUCUUCUCAUUUCAUCUUCAAAUCAGACUUUUGGGGGGCUGACCGGUUAGCUCAGUUGAUUAGAGCAUGGUGCUGAUAACACUAAGGUCCAGGGUUCAAUCCCUGUACCAGCCAGCCACGAAAACUAAUAAUAAUAACAACAACAAUAAUACAAAUCAGACUUUUGGGCAAGAUAUUCUAUACAGUAUGCAAAUCUAAUAGACCUACAGAUCUCAAGAGGCAUCUCUCAUACUGUGAAGUGAGCUCUUCAAAAACCCACAGCAAAACAAUGCUCCCUCCAGUUGGCCACCAAACAUGAACAAAUUCUGCUGCUAAUCAAUUUCCCUUUUGACCUGGUUCCUGAGCUCUUCAAACCUGGGCAAUGAAAAUAUUAUUUCUGAACAGACAAUGGUGUUCCGGAGAGGAGCCAUAAAUAACAUUGAAAUCUGGUGCUGUGAUGACAAAGUAAUAACUAGCAUUAAUAAGAUUCGGUUUUCUUAUCAGAAUAUCCAGUACACUUAUAGCAAAGGUUAAAGCAAUUUAUAUUUAAUUCGCAUUCUAAUGUUGUUAAUUUUAAAACAGCAAUUUUAAUAAAAAUGUAUCAACUGAGUAUCUAAUUCUUACAUCUACCAUAAAAAUGUAUAAAUUUAUGACCAGCAUUAAAAACAUACACAUACAACCAACUGUAUAAAAUCUUCUCUUUAGAAAAGAUUGUUAACAAGUGAAAAUGAGUGAGACAACACCUAACGAUUUUUGUUUUAGUAAUAAAA